AUGCUCAAGGGCAAGAAGAAGGAUAAAGAUGGGAAGGAGAAGGCUGACAAGGAUAAAGACAAGGAAAAAGAUGUAAAGAAAGAUAAGAAGAAAGAGGAGAAAGAACAAAAGGAACAGAAGGAGCAAAAGGAGAUUCCGACAAUACGCACUGAGGAUACUAGCGCUAAUGACAAUGGUGCACCUCCAGAUGCACCACCUCCAACAUUGCUUAAAAAGACACAAUAUGGUGGUGGACCCGUUAUCCCCCGUCGCGACCGUCGGCAGUCGAGUAGCCUAUUCAAUGUUUCGUCUAACAGAGAGCUUGUUAAGUUGCCAGCAAUAAAAGAAUCAGAUCCAUCAGAGCGCGAGGAUUUGUUCAUUCAAAAGAUUCGACAAUGUUGUGUGGUUUUUGAAUUUGCUCAGGAUCCGUUGAGUGAUAUGAAGUAUAAGGAGGUUUGUUAG